AUGCACGUUGCUGGCCGAAUCCUCAACCCCGCCAACCAAGAGGAGGAUAUCUUUGGCAGCGAUGCCGAAUGCACCUGGGUUUUCAAGGCGUUAAUCAACCAGCACGUGGAGUUCCUCAUCGGCCACGACGGGAAGGGGAGGGAUGAGGGUCCAGAUUACUUGCUUGCCUUGGGUGACGGGCUGAGGGCUUUCUUGGACAUGAAAGGCAGUUUUGGGAUGCCGGAGGCGCUUGCACGGAGGGAGAAGGUGAAGGCGGGUAAGUACAGCAUGGUGAAGUGGAGUGCUGGUCAUAAGAAAUCUACUUCACCCAAGGCUGGGAAAGAUACUCGCAGCUCCGGCUCCAAUAACACCAACAAACCGAAGCAGACUGCUGCUGCUACUACUAAGAAGAAGAUCACUCACCCUAAGAGGACUGUCGCUGAUGAUGAGCAAGCCGCGUUUAAGACUGUCGGUCGCUCCUUUGCUAAGACCUCUGGACGCAACGCCUCCGCCCAUACUGGGAAAGCAACUGCAUAA